CUCCCUCAGGAGCAAGGAAGACGAGAGCGAAGAGCGAGGGGGGCAUAAUGCAGCAGCAGGCCGGUGACGCCCGGCGCAUAUCCAAAGAGCGGAAAGAGGUUGCGUCGGAGCUGGAACACAACCGCCCGCAAACACUGGACUACCCCUUCACCAACCAGCUAGAGGCCUGGAAGGAAAACGCACGCGUACGAUCCUCCGCCCGGCAGGGGAACAAGAAUGAUACGGCAAACAACAAAUCGGCAGUUCGCCUCAAGAGCCUCCUCCAGGGAGAGGCCCUGAGCUACGGGGGCGUCAGCGACAACGGCGACACCGACGCCGAGGGCACCCGCAACGGCAGUCACACCCAGGAACAGCCGCCGCAGCCGGAGGUGUGGAAGGGCAGGGCGUGGAACUCGGGCACCCUCCUGGUCCGCCCCGGUGGCGAAGACAGGCCGUCGGGACGGGUGCCGCGGACGACGUACAUCUACCUCGUGGGGACCGCGGCGAGGGUGCGCGGGCUCGAGGUUGAGGUGCUCGUCGGUGAGCCCGGAGGCGGCGGCGGCGGGCGGCGCACGAUCCUGUCGAGGGCCACCGGAGUGAUGUGCGCCUGCGUGCCCGAGCGGGAGAAAUGUACACCGUGAGGAACCUGUCGGUUGACGGCAAGAC